GCUUCUGCGCGCUGAGGCUCCGGCGGACCUCUGGCUGACAUGGCUGCUUCCCGUUUACCCCCAGCGACGCUAACGUUAAAGCAGUUCAUAAGAAGGCAACAAGUUCUUCUCCUCUACAGAAGGAUUUUGCAAGCAAUUCGGCAAGUUCCAAAUGAUUCUGAUCGCAAAUACCUGAAGGAUUGGGCAAGGGAAGAAUUCAAAAGAAAUAAAAGUGCCACCGAAGAGGAUGCAAUCCGGAUGAUGAUUACUCAAGGCAACAAGCAACUCAAGGAGUUAGAAAAAUCACUUGCUUUAGCCAAAUCUUAACUAUAGCAUUAUUCUGAAGGAUUUGCAAAGUCUCCAUGUGUUUCUUUGCAUUUAGGAUUAACAAUGGACUACACAAAGCCCAGUCUUUCUAUUUGUAUGUACAGUAUUUGGUGAUAGAGAGCAAAGGAAAACACAUCACAACAGUUGUCUUAACACUGAAAAACAUACCCUGCAUUUUGAAAAUGUUUAUGAAUGUCUCAGCAGUGUUUUAAAAAAGAAAAAACCACUAACAAAUGGCCAGUAGAUGCUGGACACUAUCAUUAGGGAAGUGUAAAUCAAAACUACUAGGAGGCCGGGUGCAGUGGCUCACGCUUGUAAUCCCAGUACUUUAGGAGGCCAAGGUAGGUGGAUCACUUGAGGUCAGGAGUUCAAGACCAGCCUGGCCAACAUGGUGAAACCUCAUCUCUACUAAAAAUACAACAAUUAGCCUGGCGUGGUGGUGCAUGCCAGUAGUCCCAGCUACUUGGGAGGCUGAGGGAGGAGAAUCACUUGAACCCAGGAAGUGCAGGUUGCAGUGAGCUGAGAUCAUGCCACUGCACUUCAGCCUGUGUGACAGAAUGAGACUCUCCCAAAAACAAACAAACAAAAAAAACCCUGAGAUUCACAUUCACUAGAAUGGCUGUAAUUAAAAAGAGAAAUAAUAGUAAGUGUUGGUGAAGAUGUACAGAAAUUAGAGAACCCUCAUACAUUGUUGGUGGGAAUGAAUGUAAAAUGGUGUAGCCACUUCAGAAAACAGACUGUCAGUUCCUCAAAACAUGAAACAGCUGCUGUAUGGUUUAGCAAUUCUACUCUUAUGCCCAUACCCAUUAUUUGGCACUAAAAAGAAACAAAUGACAUACAUGCUAAACAUGGAUAAAGCUUGAAAAUGCUAAGUGAAAGAAGUCAGUCACAAAAGAUCACAUGAUGACUCUAUUCAUACGAAAUGUCCAGAAUAGGCAGGAAGCUUAGUGGUUGUCUAGGCUUGCUGUAGAUGAAAUGGAGUAACUGCUAAUGGGUGUAGGGUUCCUUUUCAGGGUGAUGAAAAUAUCCUACAGUUAGCUUGUGGUGUAGGCUGCACAACUCUGAAUACACUCAAAUCCACUGAAUUGUACAUUUUAAAUGUAAGGAAUGAGUUGUAUCUCAAUAAAGCUGUUAUUUAAAAAACAAAAAACAAUAACUGAGGUGUAGGACUGAAAGUAUACUGACACCAGGAGAUAGCCUGGAACUUUCCCGAAAAAUCCUGCAUUAUCCCUGAGGGUUGUUCAGGUACGUUCUUCACAUGUGUCAUAGUUUCGUAGAGGACUCAUCAAAAAGUUCACCACUGGGCAUGUAGCUCUUUGCUGGAAGAGAAAGAGAAGCUUAAUGAGCACAUUGAAGCACUUACCAGAAAGAAGAGGGAAGACUUCUGGAUGAAACCUCUGUGAGUACCUUAACAUUCACAUGGAAGUAGUAAAAAUAAGAUUCUGGGUGCAGUUCUCCUCCAGUGACAGGAAAAAAAGAAUUUGAAGAAUACGUUAGAGACAAAUACAUUACAACCAAAGUUGACUUCAGGGCACUUUUGAAGGAGACCAAAUUUAUAACAAAUAAUUUAGUGAAAGAUGUGAAAGUGAAAGCUUGUGGAAAAUGUUGGAAUCAUCCAUCCUGAAAAUUGAAGUCCUCUGUUCAUCAACAGAACAGCUAAGAAGCUAAUCUAAGAAUGACCAGCACCUGAAAGAUGUAGACAACAUUUUGCAGAAUGAUAAAUGGUAUCCAGUACUGGACUGUGCCUGAGGAGAGGCAUCAACUGAAUGUGGAUGUUGGUGACCUGGACUGUCAGGGUCCACCUCUACCUCCCAGAGCCUCAGAGCCCACGAGACAAAAUAAUUCUGAAUACUGUUGCAUGGGGGUAAUCUACUAAUUCAAAGUGCUUACCUGUGCCAAUUUUCAGGUUUUUAUGUAGGUAAGUAUUAACCUGUUACAAAAUAAUCUGAUAGGAGAAGCAUUUGUGACAUUUCUGAACAGAGAACACUUUGGAAAUAUUUUUGUGUGACAUGAUUGAUAAAUACAGGCUAUCUCUAGUAAAUCUAAAAUCUUGAAAC